AUGUACCAAAUAAAUAUUUCAAUUUCUAUUCCUUCAUUUGCUGAAUUUUUGGAAACUAUUGAUGUUUUGGAUAUAUUGGAUCUUAAAAAGACUGAUUGGCAGGAUUUGGAAAUAAAGAUUGGUUUAAAACUAAAAUUGUUAGAGAAGCUGAAAAAUAUAGGAAAUAGUAAUCAGUAA